CAUUCUAGCUGCUUGAAUAGUCUCGAUGGACUCCCCCCCUGCCGAUAUAGAGUCGCUCGCAUUGGGUGACGCCAAGAAGAACCUGCACCACAUCAGAUACCUGUGCUCGCGCGGGCUGAACGGACACGCGCAGAGGAAGCGGAUCUGGCCGCUGGUGCUGGGGCUGACCGAAAGGGACCUCGAGCGGGACAGGCGGCUCCUCGAGACCGAGAGCGCCAAGCUCGACCAGUUCAUGAGGGAGGAAGAAAAGGGCAGGUCGGCGGGGAUGAAGAACAGAGGCCGCCUGAACACGCCGUCGAGGAUCGUGUUUGACCAGGACGACCUGAGCAUGUCUUUCAUCAAUGUCUUGGAUGGGAAGGGGGAUCCGGAGGAGAAGGACGAGGAGGAGGAAGGCGAACGCAAAAAGCUUCCCGUGAAGGAUUGGAACUUGAUCAUUUGCGACGUGAACCGCUCCAUGUGGAUGUUCAUUCAGGACGAAGAAUUGACGAACCGCAGAAGGGAACUUUGCUAUAUGCUGGGCUCUCUGUUUAGAGCCUCGAAAGACGAGCCAGGUCCGCAACUUCACUAUUAUCAGGGACUUCAUGACAUCGCUUCCAUCUUGCUGCUCACGUGUGGCAAGGACUUGGGCUUUUCUAUCUUGAGGCGACUCAGUCGAUCCUACCUUCAGGACAAAAUGGGAUCUUCCAUCGACUACGUCACGGAAGAACUCGACCUUCUUUGGCACCUGGUCAAAAUUGCCAACCCCAGACUGUUCAGAUUCGUUCAGAGCACUCGCCUUAUCCCCUACGUGGCACUCCCCUGGACCCUAACCUGGUUCAGUCACAACGUCCCCGAUUUGAACUCCGCCGCGACUUUCUUUGACCUCUUCCUCUCCUCUCACCCGCUCAUGCCCAUCUACGCCUCCGCCUCCCUGAUGUUGUACAUGUCCUCUCACGGACUGUACAACGUCCGCGGGGACUUCACCGACGUCCACGACUUCAUCUCGAGAUUCUCGUCCACUCACGUCGUCCCCUACCAGAAGCUCCUGAAAGACGCCGUCCUCCUCUUCGACAAGUACCCCCCCCAAAAACUCCUCCUGUCUAACGCCAAACUCUCCGGGUACCUCACCAUCCAGAGGUACCCCUACCCCUGGGUCCCCCCGAACGAGUACCACAUCACCCCCCAAGAGCGACGAGACGCCACGCCCACGCACCUCAAGGUGGGGCUCAUCGCCGCCGGCACCAUCGCCGCCGUCGCCACCCUCACCCUGCUCGUCACCCUGAAAAAAUCCGACGGCGUCUGAACGAGGAAAACGAAACAACUCGUAAAAAAAAAAAAAUAAUUCGCUCACAUUCUAUGCGCGGCUCUCCUGAGAGCGACACCAGCCUGCCCGCGGAAGACCGCCCGGACGCGGCCAGCGACACCCCCCCCGACCGCGCAAACUGCACCGACCCCGACGAGGACAGCGAUCCCCUCAGACAUGAACUGGAUAUAAGGAAUCGCGAGUGGACCCGACUCUCCAAUCAAUUCUAUAAUGUACAUAGUUUACGUA